AUGUCCUUAAUAGUGCUUUUUGGAAUUUCUGGACUUUAUGGAAUUCCUUACUUUAUAAACAUUUCAUACGGAUUGUACAAGAGUUUUCUUACAUCUUCAGUGACAUUUAAUAUGGAUACAUUGUAUUUAGAUUGGAAUACAUCAUUUCCAGCGAUAACAGUAUGUGAAUUAUAUAAUGGAGAAAGAGUUUGGGAUAUUAGCGAAAGAUAUUUUGGGACUAAUAGAAGUUCACAAAUCGAUGACUACUUAGCUGAGGUAUUAUUUUUCCGUGGAACUUGUGCAUCCUGCAGUGAAUGCGAAAAUAUAGACUGUCCAACAGAUUUUCAUAAGCUAUUAGAAAUUUUCCGUACAAAUUGUUCAGAUCUAUUUGAUGAAUGUUCAUGGCAUAGUAAUGAUUUUGAUUGCUGCUCGGAAUUUCUCCCUAUUAACACUGAAUAUGGAUUGUGUUAUUCAUUUAAUUCAAAUCAUGCAAGAGAAGAAAGAAAACCCAAAUUCUAUGCUAGUAGAAUAACUGGUCCUGGUAAUUUGCAAUUUUUUGUAUCAAGAGAUGUUCAAGUACACAUUCAUCCACCAAUGGAAAUUCCAUAUUUCUUUUCUGAUGGAGUAUUUAGAGAAACAAUAUUAUGGGGAACAUCACAGGAGAUAAUUUUUAACGUUAUGGAGAUUUACAAUGAUGCCAGUGUGCUGACUUUGAGUCCAGAAAAAAGACAUUGUCAUUUUAGUACUGAUAUUCAAAGUGAUUUUAAGCUAUAUCGAUUUUACAGCUAUUCAACAUGCGUUGUUGAGUGUAUGCGAGAACUAAGCAUUUACGUUUGCAAUUGUACAAAUCACUUUUUAGUUGCCGACGAAAAUGACGGUCCAGUUUGCAAUGAUUUUGGUCUUGUUUGUCUUACGGAAAGUUAUAAUAUGAUGCUAGAACAAAGGAAAGAGUGUAAAUGCCAUAGUUCUUGCGAGGAACCUGAGUAUGAUAUCGUUUAUAAUGCUGGAGAUGGGGCUAUUGACGAUGAUCUUGUAAUGAGUAAAAUUCAUAUCAAAAUGAUGGACAUUCCGACUCAACGUUAUGUGCGGAUUGUUUCUAAAAAUAAUCUGGAUUUAAUAAUUUCAGUCGGUGGCAUCGCUGGAUUAUUUUUUGGAGCGUCUCUGAUUAAAGUUUUCGAAGUGAUUUAUUAUCUCUUACAGUAUAAAAUUAAAUUUUUUUUAAUUAUA